UUGUGACGUUUCAAAAUUCCAAAGAUGAAUAAAAUCCCCGGAAGGGUAAUACAUAUUAUUUUCGCAUUAGUGGUAAAUUACUGUUUGCAUUUCGCCGUGUUCGCGCUUUUCUGCAGAGACCCCACGAAACCCUGUUACAUUUUUCCAUGAUGUCUAAGAUCCAGAACAAGACAGAAGUACAACUCGCAUCCUGUAUCGAAAUUGUGAGCGAUAUUUUGUACUUUGCCGUAACCAAGGACGUUAAGCCCCACAGAAAACUAAAAAGUACCCCCGAGACUUUGUACUUUUCCAUAGACGAAGAGCUUUGUUAUCAGAACUAUUACUUGGAUUUUGGACCGCUUAAUAUAUCCUGUUUGUACAAGUACUGCAAGAAACUAGACAAAUAUUUGCAGAACGUCAAAGGAAUAAAAAGUGUGGUUCACUAUACCUGUAGCGAUCCAAGCAAAAAGGCGAACGCUGCUUUUCUGUUGGGUUCGUUUUGUAUAAUUUAUCUGAAGAUUCCAAGCAGAAACGUAGCGAAAGUAAUGCAAGAGGUGGGACCUUUUAAAGCCUUUCUGGAUGCAUCCCAAGUUCCCAGCCAGUUCACGAUCAAAUUGAACGACUGCUAUUGCGCCAUAGCCAAGGCCGUCGCGUUUAACUUUUUCGACUUCGACGACUUCAAUGUAUCCGAAUAUGACUUAUACAACCGCUUAGAAUUCGGCGACAUGAAUUGGCUGCUUCCCCGGAAAUUUCUGGCCUUUAUCGGACCCACAGAUAAUUGGACCGCUCACUCGCCCGCGUUUUACAUAAAAUAUUUUUUGAAAAAUGACAUAAAAACCGUCAUUCGGCUAAACAACGUUCUGUACGACGCGUACUCGUUUAUCAAAGCCGGGAUCCAACACUACGACCUGAUUUUCCCCGAUGGGACGACUCCGUCCAGGGAAAUCCUCAUAAAGUUCUUGUAUCUAGCCGAAAACGCGCCCGCAGCUAUAGCAGUUCACUGUAAGGCGGGCUUGGGUCGCACUGGUUCUCUGAUAGGAGCUUAUCUAGUAAAACACUAUAGGAUGACAGCACGAGAAGCUAUAGCCUGGUUACGGAUUUGUAGACCCGGCUCUGUCAUAGGACAGCAACAGAUAUGGCUGGAAAAGAUUCAGAGCUGGUUGUGGAGAACUGGAAGCCACUACAGACUUCAGCGUUACGGCGAAGGAGACAAGAUACCUAAGCACAGGUUCGGUAUCUACAGCAAAAAAUGGCCGAUAGAAAGAGAAACGAUCAUAAGAGAGACGCGUAGGAAAUUUCAGAUAAACUGCCCUCAUAUCCUUAUAUUGUCGAUGUUGUUGUUCGCAUGUGACAUGAAACCGCAUAGAACGGAUAACACAGAACUUAACGAAGAUUUUGCAACCGCAAACAUUGAUCUGAAUAGAAUAAAGAAAACAUCCAUAAAUUCUUAUUUAACUAACCAAAAUGAUGGUGAAAAUCUACCACGUAUGGAAAGGUUAAAAAGGCAAACCUACAACUACCAGAACUAUAGAAGAUUACCUUCAUACUACAACAAGCAGCAGACUUCUAUGAACAAACCUCGCUCUCAGCUCAAAGUAAUAAGAAAGUAUCCACCUGGAGUGAGUCAGGAGUAUUCUUCCAUCAAUUUGAUGAAGUAUCCCAACUAUCUUGUCAAUCACCAACGCUAUCCACAAAUGGACAAUCGAAGGCAGUUCCAAACCCCCAGACUGACAACUAGAAAACCCACCACCAGGAGAGUGACUAAAAAAAAGUUCAGACCAAAUCCUAUUUUCGUUUAAUUUCAGGUGUGGGAGAAUUAUUGAAGGAACAGACUUUUUUUUGAUAAAUUAAGUUAUUAUUUAAUCAUUAUAUACAUAAAUAUAUAUUACAUAUUAGUAGAAAUAAAACAAAUCAC